AAGAAAAACAAUUUCCGUUUUAUUGUACACAGUGGCUCUGAAUGGCCACAGCUUCUCAAUGGAAUUUGACAUGGAAGAGAAUUCUCGAGAUGCAGAGGAAAAAUUAAAGAUGUGUAAAGGCCUGACGUUAUGCGUGUGCUAUGCAGCUAGCAUUGGUGGGACAGCCACGCUCACAGGCACGGGACCAAACCUUGUUCUUAUGGGACAGAUGAGCCAACUGUUCCCAGACAACCCUGACAUCAUAAACUUUGCAUCAUGGUUUGGAUUUGCCUUCCCCAACAUGAUCAUCAUGCUCACACUGGCCUGGCUGUGGCUACAGAUUGUGUUCCUGGGUGUAAACUUCAGAAAGACAUGCGGCUGUGGAAUGGUGAAGACAGAGAAGGAGAUUGCUGCCUAUAAUGUAAUCAAAGAGGAGCACAGGAGACUUGGUCCCAUGACCUUUGGGGAGCUGAGUGUCCUUGCCCUCUUCGUCCUCCUGGUGGUGCUUUGGUUCACUCGUAAUCCAGGCUUUGUGGAUGGCUGGGCGACACACUUUUUCAAUGCUGAAAAAGAGUAAGGAUGAAAACACCAACAUUAAUGAGACAGAGAAUCAGUUUUAGUGGUGUUUUUGCUAAGGCACGUGUCACUAAUACAAUUGUUUAUACUGAGUAGGUUGUACUACAAACGUUAAUGAUACUGUACCCUAAUCAUGCGGUUUGUUGAGGAAAGGUGCGUUAUUACUUAUCAGGCUUAUAGUUUCCACCUAAAAUGGUUAAAAACACCAGAGAGUUCUUAUAGUAGCAUGCGAAGGAAAAAGAGUAAGAACACCUCAGCAGCUGCAUAGCAACUCCCUGGCAACCAUCCACAACACUGUAUACUUUAAAAACAAAUCUGUGAAAUUUACGAUAAAUAAACAACAUCUGUGGUUGCCGGAAAUUUACCAUAAAAAUAUGGUAGCAACAUUUUAGGUUUUACAUAAUGAACUUAAAUUUACAGUAAAAAAAAAGUAUAUUUCAUUAACUAAUAAUGUUAAUACACCGACAUCCUGAAGUACUAAAAUCUGUGUUGUAUUUUGUUUAGAAUGUAAUAUUGUAAUGAGAAAGCCAAAUGUAGAAUGAAAGCCCAUCACAAAUAGCUUUUUCACAAGCUGAAGGGAAAACUAAUAUAAGGUGCAUAGUGUCAUGCACA